UCCAUCAUGAUCCCACAAGUCGUGACCAAUGAGAUUGUCACAGUGAUUUUACCAAAUGGAGUUUACUUUUUCCAAACAGACAAACCCCAGCCUACCCACAAGCUGCAAGGCAACCUGAAGAAACAUCUAAAGGCAGAGAUGAAAGUGAUUGUGGGAAAAGAGAUAGCACAAAAAGACUACUGUGUGCUCAUCCCAGAUUUACAAAGAGGAUGUUUGCGGGGUAUGAAUGAAAAAACCUGUUGCUCAUUUCAGGUAGAGGGCAGCCUGAUCACGAACAUCCUGAGUAUUUUAUUUGCUUUCAUGGGCAUCGUUAUCCUCUCUGUCAGCCUGGCUGGUGUGCAUCCUGCCUCAGAGCAGUGUGAGCAGAGCAAACUUUUUAGACCAGCUGAGCAGUAUUACUACCACCGUCCCCUCGACAACAAUGACUGCUCUAGCACCAAGGCUGUUCUGACUGGAGUCCUUUCACUGAUGCUGAUCUGCAGUGUGUUGGAGCUUGGCUUGACUGUGCUUGCUGCCAUGCUGUGGUGGAAGCAGGGUCACCAGGGUCACUCUGACUUCUCUCAUAAUGUGAUUUUCCUGUCUUGUAACUCAAAUAAUGAAUCCAACAUGGAAUCAAAGUGA